GUCCGUUUGUUAGUAUCCGUGUCAGUCGAUAUAUAAAUAUACAAACAUUAAACAAGGAUUUUUGUCACAUAUACAAAAUUUCUUAAGCUUAAUGAUUCAAAAGCUUUCCACUUCCACUUUAACACCGAUAGCCACUCUUUUAGUAUGGAUUUGAGUUUGAAAGGAUCACAGAUAAAUUUAGUCUUACGGCAUAAGCCCAAAUCAUUGAAUGCUAAGCAAACACCAUUUCUCCAACGUCCAGGUUCUGCCUCGGUACUUCGACGAGGACGCAUUUCUCCAUUUUUAAAGCGACCCCAAUCGGCAGAUGCAAAAUAUUCAAGGUGCUUCGGUGGUGGAAGCUACAUAGAAGGCGAAUGCAGUGGAAAAUUAGUCCGAAAUAAACGAUACCUAUCGGUUUCUUCGUCUAAUCUUUUGAAAAUAUUGCUUGAUGAACCUAUAAAACGUUCUUGGUUGUGCCGAGACCAAUCCGAUGAUCAGCAGUCUGAAACUAGCACUUUCAGAAAGAGUUCUAGUGCAAACAACUUGGGAAGAUCAAGAAAAGACUCAUUGGAAAUUAGUAGCCAAGAAGGAGAUACAACUUCGACAAGGUCUUCCAACCAACAGCUUCAACAGAGAAUGAACCCUUCUUCAUCUUCUUCGCUUACUAACUUUUGCAAGGAGAAAUCAUGUCAAUCUAAUGACUUUUGGCACACAAAGAAGCCCGAUCUUCCAGGGAGAGUUUCCUUCAGUAAGGCUUCCGACAACACGCAAGACCUUGACGCACUCAGUGACUGUGACAACGAUAAGCAAUCUUAUUUCUACGGUUCCAAGAAGUCAGUUCACUUCGGAUCCUCUAGUGAAGUCCAAGCAGAGACAUUUGAAUACCCAAAGUGUCCAUCCGAGAAUUGUUCCUGUAGCACUCGGAGCUCAUCAACUGCCAGUGCUCAUGAUUCGCCAAAAAAAUGUGAACUUCCGCAUUCGAGUUCGACAUCUCCAGAAAAAUCCAAGAAUCGAGAAAGUGAAAGUGAAAGUGACGUGAUUCGACAGUAUAAAAAUGUAAUUGGUGAGCAAUCUUCAGAAUGCUCUUCUAUAGUUAAGAAUAUUCUUCAAGAUCUAGAACCAAAACAACACUGCCAGCUUAAUAACAUGGAACCAUUGCCAUUACCAUCGCUUGGGCAUUACGCUCAAUUAGAGAAGCAGAAUAAUUUUGCUGAAGUAAACAGUAAAAACUCCACGAUAGAAAUGUACAAACAGACCAAGAGGAAUCUUGUUCUACCAAUCACUGCCGUAUCCGUUCCAGCAGCACCCUCAAGUGAGUCAGUUAUUAACAACUAUUUAAAGGUUACUGCAAGUCCUAUUGUCACAACGAAAAAACGUUCAAACAAUAGACCUCCUUCUGCGACAAAAGAACGAAGAUCUAAAUCUGCUUCAGGAGCUGAAAAGUCACUUUCUAGCCAUGUAGGUGGAGUGAAACAUAAAAGGGGCUUCGGGCCAUAUCGCGAGGAUUCAAAUCUGGACGAAUUUCAAUUGGACAAGGUCGAUAGUUGGAUGUCUGCUCAAGUAACUCAACAAGAACGCGUCGUCAGUGGAGACCUUGAGAAAUUUUCCAAAGAUAGCAUUGACGGAGAUGAGGAUUCAUCAACACAGGACAGUUCGCAGAUUUCAAAAUCAGAUGAAAACUCACAAGAUGAUUCGACUUAUGAGGAGAUAGUUUCAGUGAUUAAGGAAAUUGAGGAGGACAAGAAAAAAGAUAACUAUGCGGAAAGGACGGUGGAAAACGAGCUUAAGCUAAAUUCUAUUGCUCAAUUGGAUCCUGAUGAAAUAGAACCACCAACAUCAUCAAACAAUGCAAAGUCACCCGAUAAAUACAGAGACAUUUUAAGUUACCUUGAUGAUGUGGAAAACAGUUGUGACAAGACGCUGCUAGAAACUCGUAGAUCUAUCCCCGAAUCCAAUCGUUCUGAAAUCGAAUUCGUUGUGGAGCCCGAUAUAGCUGAAGAUGUUCCUAAACUUUCAGAUCUUUUAAUGCUUCCAAAUCACCAACUAGCCCGUCGUGUGAUAAGUCUCAGUCUACGUGCCAAUGAACUUGCCAAUGCAGUACUCCUUUCAAAGGAGCAUCUAAUAAAAACUCGUAACGAAAAACAAAAAGGACUUCGGACUGAGAAACAAAACACAGCUAAUCGUUUGCGCGAACAAAAGAAACAUUUCGAGGGAAUUGUUUCUCGCCAUCAGGGUUUCAUUGAGCAGCUUCUUAAAGAUAAAGGCUCCUUAUGUGAAAAAGUUGCAGCACUUACGCGAAGACUCGAGAGUCAAAAUCAGGCAUGGGAGCAUAAAUUGGAAACUGAAGUGGCGCGAGUCAAAGAGACAACUCUAGCAGGGGAAAAAAUUCGUCGUGAACGAUGGGUCCGCGACAAUACUAAGAAAAUCAAGGAACUUACUGUUAAAGGAUUGGAAAUGGAAAUCAAUAAAAUGACAUGUGAACAUCAACGAGAAAUCACAGAGUUAAAACGAGCACAUCAGCAGCAACUAUUAGAUGCCGUAGAUGAGGCCCGUAUGAAGCAUGACCAGAUUGAACAUAGCAUAAGAGAGUCUUGCGCUCAAGACCGCGAAACUAUAAUUGAAAAGGAACGUAGCGCAAUCAGAGAUAGGUAUGAAAGACAACUUCAAGAGGAAAGAUCAAAAUUCGACGAAGAAAAGGCAAAGUUAUGCGAAGAGCUUGCUACGGAACGCGAAAGCCAUCAAGCUGAUUUGAAGGAUAAAGAAUGUGAGAUGCAACGGAAAAAACUCGAAAUGCAGCGCGAACAGGAAGAUGCCGUUGAAAAUGCGACAAGGGAAUUGGUCGAGAAGAUGUCCAGGAUUGAAGAAAAAUACCAAAAUCGGGUCAACUCUAUGGAAAAGCAAUACGAAUCUGACUUUGAAAUCUGGAAAAAAGAAUACGAAAACGAAGCAAAAAUGCGUCAAGUUGAGAGUGAAAAUGCAAUUCGUCAGCAUUAUCGUAUUGAAAGGGAUCGCCAAAUUGACACCAUUGUAACAAGAAUGGAUAACGAAGCCUUAAAAAAUCAAGAAGAAUUUGAAUCAAAAAUCGAACGAUUAAAGGAGAAAUACGAAAAGGACAUCUUAGAAGCAGAAACAGUCGAAAGAAAUUUACGUGAAAAAUAUAACGAGACAAGAACCCGUCUGGCCGAAUCUGAUGCUCAGGUUAAAAAUAGCCAAGCUGAAUUAAAACAAUUGCACAUAGAACUCGACCAUAGUAAGAAGAUGUGUAAUGAAUUUCUUGUGGAACGUGAACAUCUGCGGGACAAUGUACGUUCUGAAAUUGCAACUGAAGUGGCUACCCUUAAAUCGGAGCGCGAUAAUGAGAUUCAAAAGAUACACAAAAGAGUUCAACAAGCCAUCGAAAAGAAGGACACAACAAUUGAAUUACUACAAAAGGAGAACGGUGCUCUACGGGAGAGAUGCAUCAAGCUGGAGGCAAUUAUACGCCAGCAAAGGAAGGACUAUUGUGUUAAAUGAAAAAUUUCCUUUUCCCUUUUGCUACUGGUGGUGAUGGUGAUGGUCGGGUUGUGGCUCGUAGGGUUGCGAUGGCCUCCAGUAAUGUCAGAGAUUUUUAAUUUAAGUAUUUUUUUCGUUUAUAUUCCUUUUCUUUUAACUUUUCUGUGCUGCUGAUAAAUAUAAUAAUAAAUUAAUAAAUUUAGAAAAAAAAAACUUUGAUAAUUAGUAGGUAAUUAAAAUUUUUACUUGGAUUUAAAAUAAA